AUGCCAAUUCAUCAAUAUCAUCGUUCAUUUUUUAAAUUUCUCAUGUUUUUUGGUUUACCAUAUAGUACUGCAAUGGCAGAAGCAUCAAAUCAAAACAAUUAUCAGCUAUUGGAGAAAGUAGUGGGCUAUGAAAAUCGAAAAAGUGACAUUUUACUUUUUUCAAAUUCGAUUCAAUCAUCAUCAAAGAGUAUUGUUUAUUAUUUUGGUGGAGAUAUUCAGGACUUACCAGACCGAAUGAAUGCGUCGAAAGAAAAUCGUCGGUAUCAACGUUGGAAUUUGAUAGCAACUGGCGAAAUUCUUCGCCGCCGAUUUUCAGAUGCUUCGAUUGCUGUUGUACGACCUAAUGAAAUGAAAGAUGGUACUUUUUCAAGAUUUUCAAAUUUUGUACCUAAAACAACUGAAUAUGGCGAUCCGAUUUCGUACGAUACAAAAAAUUUAAUUGGCCUUCAUCAUUUAAGUAUGCUCAAUGAACAGAUCACAAAAAAUGCAACGCAUUCGGCCUUUGAUAUAAUUUUAGUUGGUUUUAGCAAAGGAUGCAUUGUGCUCAAUCAACUUCUGCACGAAUUGACAGCAUUACGAUUAAUGAAAACGGACGAUAGUCUUUUAAAUUUUGUGCCACGCCUUAGCAGAUUUAUUUGGUUGGAUGGUGGACAUAAUAAUGGAAACCAAAUAAUGAUUUGGCCAACCGACGAGAAUCUGAUAGCAACUCUUGUAGAUUAUCAAAUAAGAACUGAAAUCUAUGUUACACCAUUUCAAAUCGACUCAAAUAAUCCAUACAAAAAGUUUCAUACUCAACAUUAUAAAAAAUUUUCCGAAUUAUUACUUUGUCAUUCAACAAGUUCAUCUAAUUAUGACGAUAAAAUAAUAAAUAAAAUGUUUUUUGCUGAUGAUUCACCUUCGAUCGAUAAACACUUUGAAUUGUUAACUGUAUUUUAA